AUGUCUGCCUUUGCGUCGAUCUGCAGCCGCCUCGUCGCCGCUGCGAGCGGCAGCGGCAGCAGCACCAGCGGCGCCACCACGCAGCACUACAUCAGCGAGGACAAGGCCGAAGAGGCCUACAUCGACGGCGACCUCGAGCCGCCAAAGGAGCUGCACCUGCCGCUGCGUCCAGCCGAGCAUGGCUACCAUCCGAAUCCGUACACGCGCGAUGCACAACUAGGCUUCGAGCUGCUAGACGACGCGCUGGGCCCACAUCAGCCAUGGGAAGAUCACGGAGUGACGAGCGACGGCGUGCACGUCCGCAUGGUGCCGGCGCCGCAGCCGCUGCUGCCGCUCAUGUACGGCAAGACGUACGUGCCCAACGUGUCGGCGAUCCAGGUGCUGGCGUGCAUCCACGUCGCCUCGUUCCGCCUCAUCUGGGACUCGCGCAUCGGCUCGGCGGGCAUCAUACAGCGCUUCAGCCACUACUGGCAUCACUUCUACAUCGUCUGGCGCGGCAUCAUGCACAUCUAUGCGCCGCGCGAUGCCAUUGGCGUGCAGGCCACGCGCUCGUAUGGCCCCGACGGCCAGCUGCAGUACCGCCCGACGGCAGACUCGCAGGUCAUCGACAUUUGCUGGACCAACGUCGACGCCAACAUCGCACCGCAGGAGGACAAGGUGCGCGCGCACAUCAUCCUCGGCUCGUACCGCAUCGAGCAGGCCGGCGACGGCUGCAACGUCACGUUCAUCGGCCAGGCCAGUCUGGCCGAGAAGGGCCCUGCCUACAUCGUGCGGCGAAUCGCCACGGAGCAGUGCGAGACGAUUGGCCGGCUGCGCACUGCGGUCGAGCACUUUGGAGUGCCGCCGUACAUCCUCGAUGAGCGCGAGAUCCUCGUCAUGCAGCUGCAGCAGUUCCUGGCCGAGACGCGGAAGACGACGCUGCGGGCACACGUCUCGCAGCCAGGGUCCUUCACGCUCGUGCUCGACAAGAAGAGGAUGUACCCGAGCGGCGUCACCAUCUCGCUGGUCGAGGGCGAAGGCGCCAGCUCGCUCUCGCUGCGCGAGAACGCUGAUCGGCUGGAGCUGAGCGUCGAUGCGGCGGGCGUGGGCAAGGAGUUCUGCAUCGAGUUCGAACCGCGAGACAAGGAGCCAGAGCCGUCCGCUGGCACGGGCUGGUGGUAG